AUGGCCCCUGUGGUCCUCGGCUCUUUUGCAGCGGCGGACUACGUGGUGUUCGCCUGCACGCUGGCUGUGUCCGCCGCCAUCGGGGUGUACUACGCCUGGGCGGACAGGGGCCUGAGGAGUUCGCAGGACUUCUUGACUGGCGGACGGAGGCUCACGGCUCUUCCCGUCUCCUUGUCGCUGACUGCCAGCUUCAUGUCGGCCGUCACCGUGCUCUCCAACCCGGCAGAGGUGUACCGCUAUGGAGGCAGUAUCGCCUUCUAUGGUCUGUCGUACCUAAUGACUAUGAUGCUGACGUCUGAGGUGUUCCUCCCGGUCUUCUACCGGCUGGCCAUCACCAGCACCUAUGAAUAUUUGGAACUACGUUUUAACAGAGCCACUCGCCUGCUUGGGACUCUUCUCUUCAUUGUGCAGACCGUUCUCUACACAGGGAUAGUCAUCUACACCCCAGCUCUGGCUCUAAACCAAGUGACCGGUAUGGACCUUUGGAGCGCCGUCAUUUCCACUGGUGUGGUCUGCACCUUUUACUGCACAAUGGGCGGGCUGAAGGCAGUGGUGUGGACAGAUGUGUUCCAGCUUGGAGUGAUGCUUGCAGGCUUUCUGUCCGUCAUCAUCAGGUCUGUCAUCCUCAAAGGUGGAGUCGGCUCCAUCCUUGAAGAUUCCCAACAGGGAGGGAGGCUCAACCUUUGGGACUUUGACCCAAACCCACUGAGGAGACACACUUUCUGGACGGUAGCCUUUGGCGGGACAUUUGUCUGGGUCAGCAUCUACGGGAUAAAUCAGGCUCAGGUCCAGCGAUACAUCUCUUGCAAGAGCCUCACCCAGGCCCGACUGGCACUGUUCAUCAACCUGAUAGGCCUGUGGUGCGUCUUGCUGUCCUCAGUCCUGGCAGGGAUGUGUCUCUAUUCUCUGUACAGGACCUGUGACCCGUGGACCUCUGGCAUGGUGUCUGCUCCAGACCAGUUGAUGCCAUAUUUGGUGAUGGACAUCUUGGGAGACUAUCCUGGUCUUCCAGGACUGUUUGUUGCAGCAGCUUACAGCGGAUCACUGAGCACAGUGUCUUCCAGCAUCAAUGCGCUGGCUGCAGUGACAGUGGAGGACCUGAUUAAACCGCACAUGCAGAUGUCAGACAGGCGGCUGGCUUGGACUUCAAAGGCCCUGAGCUUUUUAUUCGGCCUUGUAUGCAUGGGAAUGGCAGGACUGGCUUCACUCAUGGGUGGAAUAUUGCAGGCCACCAUCAGCAUCUUUGGCAUCAUCGGCGGUCCUUUACUCGGACUCUUCUCUCUGGGCCUCCUCUGUCCUGUCGCCAACUCCAAAGGAGCUUUGUCGGGUCUGGCGGCGGGCCUGGUUUUGUCUCUGUGGGUGGGCAUCGGCGCCCAGAUAUACCCACCGUCUCCCGAGAUGAGCCGCCCCCUGCCGCUCACCACCCACGGCUGCAAUGUCACCACCUUGGACGGCUUCAACUGGACCUCCACUGGCCCGCCUGCUCACACCAGCCCUAUGGCCGCCUCCCCCGGCGACAGAAGGAACCUGCUGGCAGAUAGCUGGUACUCCGUGUCUUACCUUUACUUCAGCCCCAUUGGAACCUUGACCACCAUCCUGGUGGGCCUUCUAGUCAGCCUUUGCACAGGAGGUUGGAAGCACAAAGUGGAAUCAAGGCUGAUCUUCAUGAAAAGAGACACUUGUCUCUUCUCCAUAUUGAAGCGUGUCGCAGGAAGCUGUAAUCUUCAGCAAGACAACGAGAAGGACCAUGGCAACAUUAACCCUGCAUUCUGCCACGUUGAUCUGGACUUGACGCGAUGCAAGAUGUCUGCAUCGUAAAAGUUGCGUGCUACCAUCCAUCCUUUAAAGUGCUACCAUCCAUCCUUUAAAGUGCUACCAUCCAUCCUUUUAAAGUGCUAUUAACCAAUGUCACAUUGGGUUUAAUAACGUGUUCAUUCAAAGUAACAUAUUGUUUUAUAUUGUAAACUUGCAAUUGCUGGAUUAUUGGACCAAUGUGUUACCACCGUGUUACUAUAUUCAAACACAGUGUUACUGUUCAAACCGUGUAAUGUUACAGUGGCCAAAAAUAUGAAUUAUUCUUAUUAAUCGGGCUGUGAAUCUUUGGCCACCACACCAUUCUGUCAUGUCUGUGUAAUCAUGUUUUGUUUUAAGUCAUGUUUUGUUUAGCUAUAGGACUCUUUAGUUUCUGUCUUUUCACUCCCUUGUCUUGUUUCCAUGAUUACC